GUCGGAUGUCAGCUCCAGCAGAGGAACAUGUGAGAAGGUGUAGCGGUUCCUGUUUAAACCUGUGUGUUAGUAAAGGGAAUUUAGUGUGAGCAGAAUUGAAAUUAUAAACCUGACACAUACUUCAGCAAUGUUUUAUUUCAUCGGUCUCGGUCUGGGUGAUGCUAAAGACAUCACGGUAAAAGGAUUGGAAAUAAUCAAGCGAUGCAGCCGUGUUUAUCUGGAAGCCUACACGUCCAUACUGACUGUGGGGAAGGAAGCACUGGAGGAGUAUUAUGGGCGAGAGCUGAUUUUGGCUGACAGAGACAUGGUGGAGCAGGAGGCAGAUGAGAUCCUCAAGGGUGCUGAUGCCAGUGAUGUGGCCUUUCUGGUGGUGGGAGAUCCAUUUGGCGCCACAACCCACAGUGACCUGGUCCUGAGAGCAGUGAAUGCUGGGAUAAAGUACAGAGUCAUCCAUAAUGCCUCCAUCCUGAACGCAGUGGGCUGCUGUGGGCUGCAGUUGUACAAUUUUGGUGAGACGGUGUCUAUCGUGUUCUGGACAGACAGCUGGAAACCGGAGAGCUUCUACGAUAAGAUCAAGAGGAACAGAGACAUGGGCAUGCACACGCUUUGCCUUCUGGAUAUUAAAGUGAAGGAGCAGUCCAUGGAGAACCUCAUGAGGGGUCGUAAGGUCUUUGAGCCGCCCAGGUUCAUGUCGGUGGCUCAGGCAGCCGAGCAGCUGCUGGAGGUGGUGCAGAACCGCCGAGAACGAGGAGAAGAACCAGCCAUCACCGAGGACACAGUGUGUGUGGGACUGGCACGGGUGGGGGCCGAUGACCAGGCAAUUCGAGCCGGAUCCCUGCGUGAGAUGGCAGUGUGUGAUUUAGGAGCACCGCUCCACUCCAUGAUCAUCACGGGCCACCUGCACCCACUCGAGGUGGACAUGCUGAGGCUCUUCAGCAACCUAGAGGGUCUCAGCAGCCUGAAGAUGACUGACAGCUCCACCUACAUUUCCUGAGAACUCAUGCAGAACUUUUAACCCUCAUGCUGUCUCAUGUCUGGAGCUUCAAGGAAACCACAUGAAUUAUGAAUUUAUUUGGUGUAGCUCAAAAAAGAUCCAUGCAAGUUGCAUUGCAGAAUGGUGCUUUUGAGUUAAUUAAGGUUUCCUGUGCAGCGUCUGAGUGAAUUACAGAGGUGGAAAUGGUAAAAAGGUCACAGAGAAAAGAAAAAAAAGGUUUCAUCCGGGACAACUGAAUGCUUGUGAAAUUGUGACGUACUUCUGUAAGUCAAAAUAGUGCACACUUUGGUCGUCAUGGGACAGUAAAAUGUGCAUUUUAUUGCUGCUGGGUUUCCAGAAAUCUCAAUCCAACACGUCUCAGCUCCGGUUUCAGGACGUGAGCCUCACGUGUCUCUCUGUACCAAAAUGUUUUAUUAAAUUUGAUUUC